UUGGAACAGCACCGCGACCUCUACACCACCUUUGUGGAUCUCCCUAAGGCAUUCGACACAGUCAGCAGAGACGGAUUGUGCAAAACCAUGAGCAAGUUUGGCUGCCACACAAAUUCAUCACUCUCCUUCGCCAGUUCCUGGAGGGCAUGCAAGCCCAAGUCCUUGAUGAUGAUGAACUGUCAGAUUCUUUCCCAGUCUCCAACGGCGCAAGCAAGGCUGUGUCCUUGCCCCUACAUUUUUAAGCUUGAUGUCCUCUGCUAUGCUGAAAGGUGCUUUUAGAGAUCGCGACGCUGGUAAAAGGAUCAAUCACAGGUCAGGUCAUCGCUUGCCAAAGGCAAGCAAUUCAAAGACAGCCUCAAGGUCUCUCCGAUAGAUUUCUCAAUAGACAGUCAGACCUAGGAGAACCUUCCUGCCGACCGUCCAAUCUGGCGCAACCGCAUUCGUAGCGGAGCCCAUGCAGCCAAAGAUAACAGAACUGAUGCCGCAGAAAAGAAACACGAGAUGUGCAAGGCCAGAGCUGCAAUCAACCAGCAAACCAGAAGGAUCCAUACCCCGAUUGGCCCCACCAGCCACCUUCGGACACACCAACUCCAGGAACAGCUGGGGAUGUCAUGGUCUUCUUCGACUCCGAAGGAGGAACAAC